GUUCUAAUCGUUCAUUAUAUAAAUCACAAUUAUUGUGGUUUUGCGUGAAAAAAGGUCCCCCACCAAUGCUUUUAUAGUUACGGAGUUCUCAUCAUAGAAGGGAAUUUUAAUAGAAAAAAUUUUCAGGCAUUUUUAUGCAUUUUGUGAUAUAAAACAUAUAAUAAUAAAUUUUUUUUUUUAUUCUAGCAGUGUGAGUAAUGCCUUGUUUAUAACUUAGGUUUCAGAAAAUUCUUAUUCAUAAUUUUGUAUACGUGAUAAUUGAUCACAAGCGAGGAAGAUUUAAACCCUUGAAGAGAAGCCUUGGGUAAUUUUCGUCAAUGGAAACGUUGGAUGAUGCAAUACACCCACACAAUAUCAUCAGUUUGUCGGGCCUGGCUGAGUAGCUUCAGUUCCCUCUUAGACUUGAAAGCGAUUGGGUGUGUUGUUUGACUCUCAUCAGAGUAACAAUAGAAAUGGCAUACUUUAAAUCUGGUGAUACUGUUGAAAAAAACUCGCGAAAAUGGGCUUGCAAUCUACCAUCAUCCAUUCAUACAAAACGGCGUGACCUUCCUCGUGUUGACUGUUUAACAAGUUUCACCAGGCUACCUCAAAAGCGGCAUAUUUUGGGAAGAUAUCACAUGUUGCUGGAUGAAGACAAAUUGAAAGCUACUAGGCUACAACGGAUAUGUCAAGAAUUAUCAGAUUUGUGGGGAAAAUUCAGCUUUCCUACUCUCAGUCAGCAAGCCAUUAACGCACGGCUGACCAAACUGAUACUUUUGUAUGAGAAGAACCAACGUAGACCAAAGAAAGACUUUUUGAAUGGUAUGCAAAGCAUAUUUGACAUCACUAAAGUUGAUGGUGUUUGGUUGUGUCGUGAGGAUAGAGCGCUCUAUUACAAGCAAGUAGAGUCAGGUGGAAAGGUUGGAUACACAACUCACAAACCAGCGCCUCAAUCUUCCAUACAUCCUUCAAAAAGACAGAGACAUGCUCCAAUAUCAAAUGAACAAUUUGCUAAUACAUCUUACAUGGAAAGUGAAUCUGGUGCCUUAGAUGACAAUGUUAGCAGUGAAACAGGUGACAGUUCUGAUGAGUCGUCUAAUAUGGAAAGUGACUCUGGUACAUUAGGUGACAAUAUUAGCAGUGAAACAGAGGACAGUUCUGAUGAGCCAGAGCCAGUCACAAGAAAAAAGUCAUCUGCCACAUACCAGGCCACAAAAUUAGUGAGCUGCCAGAAUCUGUCUACCAACAAAGCAUCUAAAGUUUGUGCAAGUAUUGCAGAAGAAGGCGUGAUUCUUCCUACACCUACACAAUCAGGAGUAUGGCGAGGAGUCAUUAGACUUGCAGAAAAAAAGAAAGAUGAGAUUAAGUCACUGUUGACGCAAGAGAAGGAUUAUUGUCUCCACUUUGAUGGGAAAAGAUUAGUAAAACAGGAAUAUCAAGUACUUUGCCUUAAAAGUGCAGCUAGAGAUAUUAGGCUGGGUGUUGUACGGUGCAAAAGUGGAUCUUCAAAAGAUAUAUAUGAUGCGCUGGAGAAAGUGAUUGAUGAAUAUGAUGCUUGGUCAAGCAUUAAAAUGAUCAUAUGCGAUACGACUUCAGUAAACACUGGACGAUUAAACGGUGUUGUUGCGAGAAUAUAGAGAGCUAGGACUGGAAAGGGGUUAGACAUGCCUCAGUACAUUGGGUGUCAGCAUCACAUAUUAGACAGAAUAUUGAAGCAUAUUCUUGACUUCUAUGUUUCUGAAAAGACCACCAAACCGAGUCUGAACUACAAAUUUGUCGAUGAACUGUUAGAAAAUUACAAUUACCUACAAAGUGAGUACAAGGCAGAGACUCAAAUAGAAAUGGAUGAAAACCCAGGCUGGAGAGAUGAUUUUAAGUUCUUGUAUGAACUCUGCCAGGCAUUCCAACAUUACAAGAAGCAUGCUUCAUUCCCAUUUAUCAAAUGGCGGAAACUGCCUUCAUUAAACAGUGCCCGCUGGAAUUCGAGGGCCAUCUAUGCGCUCAUUGCAUAUUUUUUACUACCAUCGUGGCGCAACAUGUUGGAACGUCCACUAAGUUUCAUCGCCAACAGCUGGCAAGAAGCAUGGUUCACCAAUCAAAAAUUUAAGGAAACAAGCUAUAACAGCCUCUUCCUUGGUGUUACCGAGUCGGGUUGUGCCGGUGCCCUGAAAUGCUUGAAAACUCAUUGGAACAAGGAACCAUCAGUGCUUGAUAUUCCACGC